CACACAUCACUGAUGUGUCAAGUUUGUUUGGCCACCUGUCAACCAGCCUCUAGGGUUCCCUCUCGCAGUUAUGUCCUGACGCAAGCAAGGCUGACAACCAAAAGAGACGGCGAAGACACCGAUGCGUACUCGCGUCGGGAGAUAGCUAGCGUGUCGGCAGAGGCUCGUGCGCUGGAGACAGUUGGUUUUUGCGGUUUUUAGGGUAUAGACAGAACCGUGCGUACAUUGAAAAAGACGCAAUUGAGGCGGUCGGAGAAGGCGAUGAAAGGGAACUGGGGCGAGGCGGGUUGCGAGGACGAGGAGUGGCGCUGCGGGCACGAGGAGGACGAGGGGGAGGAGGAUCAGGGGAGGGGCGACUGGGUGCGCGGGGAGGAGGUUCGCGGGGAAGGAUGGCGGAAAGCAGGAGCAUCGGCAGCAGCCGAAGCAGCAGGAGCAGAAGCAGCAGGAGCAGAAGCAGCAGGAGCAGACGCAGCAGGAGCAGGAUCAAGAGCCGCAGGAGCAGGAGCAGUAGGGUCGGAAAGAGGGGAUUCGAAACGUGGCGAGGAAGAGAGAUAUAGUAGGGUUGAGGGCGGCUCAGCAAGGGUGGCGAAUGAAGAGAGGGAGGAGGAAAGAACGGGAAACGGCUCCAGCUCACUCUCCUGCGAUUCCAUCGAUUCCCUGCCGUCCUCCGUGUGGCUCCACAUCUUCCAUAGGGCCAGCCUGCCCGCCCCUCGCUCCCCUCACUCCCCCAACUCCCCUCACCGCCACCCUCUCCCACCGCACCCCCCUCACUCCCCUCACUCUCCUCACCGCCGCUCGUGUGACGAGAGCCAGAGCACGCGCGGUGCAGCUGUAGUGGCUCCUGCAGGGGCCGGUGCAGGUGCAGUGAAGGGCACGGUGUGGGGGGGUGGGAGCGCUGCAGGGAUCGUGGAUAGCAGGGAUGCUCAUGGUGCUGCUGCCGGUGGCGGUGCUGGUAGUGCCGGUGGUGGUCGUAGUGAUGUUGAUGGUGCUGGUGAAGCUCCUGCGCUUGCUGAUGCCCCCCAUGGUGCUGGUGCCGCCCGUGGUGCUGAUGUCGAUGGGGAUGAUGGGUGUAACUGUGGUUGUGGGCGCAGGGCGAGUGACCAUACCGAGGGAGAGUGCAGUUGUGGAGGGGGAGGGCGGCGGAGGAGACGGGAACUGGAGAGACAGGAGGUUGGUGGUGGCGGUGGAGGGGAGGGGAGGGGGACCGGGAUCGGGAGCAGGGGAGAGCGAGAGUUGUGGGAGCACGAGAGGAGCAGGGGAGCACUUGGAGGGGUGGGAGGGGCGCAUGGGGGGUGUGAUUGGCCCAUGGUGGUCUGUGCCAUGGCUAGCAAACGGCUGCUGCAACACUCAGUGCAGACGCCAUCACUCCGCCUCCUUGUCCCACCCAACCGUCUCCCCUCGCUCCUCUGGUUCCUCUCCCAUGCCUCCUCCCUCACCUCCCUCUCCCUGCACUUCCCCUCCCCCCCACUCUCGCUCCCCCACCACCUGCGCCAUGCCUUGAUCCCCUCUCUCGCUACCCUCUGCUCCGUCCACCUCUCUUGCUCAUCUUGUCCCUCUCCUCUUCCCCGUACCUGCUCCCCCCGUGCCCCUACCCUCUCUUCCUCUCCUCCGCCGACUGCUCUCAGCCCCACACACUCCCAGUCUCCUGCAGUUUUAAGUGAUGCCAGGGGGAGGGGUGGGGGAGGGGGGGAGUUAGGAGGGGUGGAGAGGAGAAGGUGGGUCCGGGGAAGGGGAGGUCGGCUAGAGAUGGGCGGAGUGGCGGGUAGAGGAAUGGAGGAAGGGGAGGAGGAGCAGGAGCAGGAGGAGAAAGAGGAGGGGAAGGAGCAGGAAGAGGAGGCGGAGGGGGAAAGGAGUUGGGGUGUGAUGGCAUGGCUGGGAGCAUACCCUUCUCUGCGCCAUGUGUCCCUGGAAGGCAGUGCAUGGGCAUGGCAUGUGCCCGCCUUGGCCAUGCCACCUUCAUAUCGACCCCGCACGUCUGAUACUGAUACCGCACUCCCUGGCUCCAUCGCACCAUCUCGGCCACACCUCUCUUCCUCUCCUCCACCACCACCUCCACCUCCACCUGCUCCCUUCUUCCCCCGCCUCACGUCCCUGCACCUGUCCAACGUGCAGUACGACUGGCCCCUCUUCUCCCUCCUCCACCACCUCUCUCCUCAGCUCACCUGCCUCUCUCUCACCCGCGCCAUGGAACAAUGCUCCCUCCCGAUCCCCCACGCUUCAUCCUCCCCUCCCCAGUCCCCUUCCACCUCUUCCUCUUUCCCCUCCUGUCUCUCUUCCCCGCUCUCCUCGUUCUCUUCCUCCCUCCCCCCUGCCUUCCCACACCAUCUCGCCAUCACCCUGCACCUCCCUCUCGCUCGCACCAUCCGCUUCCACUUCACAGCAGCCUCGCGCCUCUCCUUCCUCCUCUGUGCCUCUCCCCGCCUCUCCUCACUCUCUAUCGUCGGUGGCGGCUGUCCCGUGACUGUUCUCAACACUCCCCAUCUCCACUCCCUGGUUGCCGGCUGCAUUGACCUCUCCGUCCCUCACCUCCUCUCCGUGCGGCAUCUAUACCUUCUGGUCGAACCCAACGCCCUGCUGCUGCGUCAGCCCACACGGGUACUGCCUGGCACUUUUGCUGAGAUUGCGACCCCUGGGUCUGUACAUGGCCCUGCUGACAACCUUUCUGGCUUUUUACCUGGCUUUUCACCUGGCAGUACAGCUGGCUUAGCAGGUGUGGGAGGUGUUGAAAGGCAGUGGCUGUCUUCAGAAACCAGCAGCGACGCAGAAGCGAGCAUUGAGGACAUGGGCACACACUUUACAGACGGCCAGAGCAGCCAUAGCAGCCUUGGCAUCAGCAGCAGCAGCAGCAGCAGCAUGGGCGAGCCACACUCCUCGUCCUCACUCACCCAGCAUUUCGCAUCCACGCUCCAGCACACUCCACUCUCCCCGUCCUCCACCUGGCUGGCCCGUGUGGCGGGCACGGUGCAGAUCCUGGUGGCACGGCGGGUGAUAGGGCAGCUGGAGUGCGGCACGUGGGACAGCCUCAGGAGCAUGGCAGUCAAGUGCAUCUCCUCCCGCCGCCACCACCACCGCUCCACGCCACCCUUCUCCCUCUCCUCGCUGCAUCGGCAGCAACCGGUGAGCUUCAGUGGGGCCACCAUUUCUGGCAACACCAGCAAUGCUGCCAGUCCCAGCAGUGCCUUGCGCAGUACGUUUGCAGCAGCAGCGGGACAAGGCAUGCCGGCGGUGACACAGGGAAGAUUGGGCGAUGUGCCAACGGAUCUAUACAACCCGCUUCAUCAUGCCUACAAUCCCCACAGCCUUCCCCAUCCAACUCCACCCUCUGCCAUUCCUUGCACCCUCUUCUCUUCUCCCGAUUCUGACUCCUCGGAAUCCAGCCUUCUCCCUUUGCCAGUGGGUGGGGGUCUUCUGGGUUUCUUCUGCUGUUUGCUGGGUGCGCCCUGCUCCCGCGCCUCUCUCCACGCCCUGCUGCUGCACUGCCCUCUCAUGCGCUCCCUGCACGUGUGGGUUCCUGCCAGUGCUGAGACGUGGCGAUGGGAUGUGAGGAGCGGAUGGCAGGAUGAGGGAGGGAGCGAGGAGGAGUGGGAUGGAGGGCGAGAGGAAGGGGAGGAAUCUGAAGAGAGUGACGAUGAGGGAGGUGGAAGGGAGAGAGGCAGAGAUGGGGAGGAAAAGGAGGGGGGGAAUGGGGAGGUUUAUGGGAAGCAGGAGGAGUGUGCAUGGGAGGAGGUUAGAGUCGGGGAGAAGGUGCUUAAUCUGCCUCUGCACAUGCCCAUCAACAGUAUGAGCAUUGCGAAUCUCAGCAUCACAGCAAUGGGGUCAAGCAGGGGUGCCAUGUCUCAAAAGCCAUUAUCUUCCCAGAGGCCUGUGCCUGCUUUCUGGAGAUCCUUACACACUGCAGCAAGGGCACGGCAACAAGGCAGUGACAGAGGCAGGAACAGUGAUACCAGCAGCAGUAGUGGCGGGGGGAACGGUGGCGAUGGCAAUGGUGGUGGUGGCAGGGCUAUGUGGCGUGGCAUGCAUGAAUUUCAUGAGCAUCUCGAUCCGUCGUAUCGCCUCCACCAUGAAGAAAUGUACUUAUCGCCCUGGUGGAGACGGGACCCAUGGUGAAAAGCACUAGAGAUGAACACGUGCACAUUAGAGAUUAUGGCAAUAGAGGCAUUCGAUUUUUCCACACAUUACAGAUGCAGUGGACAUGAUCCGUAAUGCUUUUUCUACAUGUGCUUCAUCUUCCAUCUUAGUGAGACUGAACAAAUUCCGUACUCCCGCUGUCUCUUACGUCUAUGGCGUUUCACGUCCAUACAUCAACACCAAGGUUCCACUUCGUAUACGCGGCUGCGCUUCUUGUGGUGAUGAGUGCUUUGCUCGUAGCUGCUGAUCAAUACGUCAAGGCAUUAAUUUCUGGGAAUCCGUUUGGCUGGCAAUGCCGGAAGAGUCAGGAGGAAACAGAACCAGGCUGCAUUGCGAGCUCGAUACGUUAGCCAGCAUGGGAUUGAAUGGCAUAAGGAUCCUCGGCUCCAGUUUGGGACCAAACUCUGAGCCGUAUCGGUGGAAACCGGCUCUUUUCCCAGAGCCAUCCAAGCAGGACGAAUCAGUGUUCAAAGGACUCGACUACCUUCUUCAUUCCUUGAAGAAGCGGAAUAUGAAAGCUAUUGUCUCUCUCAGUGACUUUUGGCACGACUCUGGAGGAUUCGGUCAGUACGUUUUCUGGGCGGAUCCAUCGCAGGUUGGUCAACUUCCCCCAUGCCACUGUUUCCUAUCCCCCGACCAACGCCUCCCUCGUCUCCUCCAGCCGUCCUCAGUUUCCCUUCAAUCACCGAGGGUGACUCACUUCCCUCCGGAUACAUAAUCCAGGAAAUCCCGUAUCCUCCGUCUUUUCCUGACUUCACUGGAAGCUGGCCAGCAUUUAUCAAAUAUGCUUCUCGACUGUACUGUGACAAAAGCAUCAUGAAGACAGCUCAAGCGAUGCUAGAAAAGCACAUCAAGACCAUCAUUCAGAGGGUGAAUCACAUCAACGGUAUUGUUUAUGGCGAAGAUAACACGAUUUUCUCAUGGGAGAUCACGAACGAGCCUCAAGACCCACCUCGCUGGUGGAUUGACAGGAUGGGUUACUUUUCUUUCCGUUUUUGAAGGCUCGAUCGUAUCCUCACCUUUUUUUCUGUAACAGGACACUACAUCAAGUCCCUGGAUCAAAAUCAUCUGCUCACUAGCGGCCUGGAAGGGAAAGGCAACGACAGUGGCAAACUGUUCAUCCGUACACAUUCCAGUCCAUACCUGGAUUUUGCAACCGUGCAUCUUUGGCCAAGGACUACGCAACUGAGUUUCUGGAAAGGCACGCUGGCUACAUGCACCAGCUAAAAAUGCCACUCAUCCUCGAGGAGUUUGGACUUGCAAGAGACGGAUGGGAGAAACAGGAGUGGACAACACCAAGCUCCUCAAACAGAUACAGUCCAGAAGCAGCAACAACAUUCAGAGAUGACUACUUCAACCACAUCUAUGCUGUUGUUCAUGCAACAGCGAGGAAUUCAUUCGCGGGGAUUGCACCAUGGGCUUGGUCAGGCCAAGGUCGUCCCUCAGACACUGGACCACAGCAACUUGGGGAUCCUCCACAUGAAACACCUGGAUGGUACUCAAUAUAUGACCAGGAUGCUGGCACGAUCAACAUUAUCUCCAACUAUUCGAAAGGAUAGUUUCUGUGGCCUGAGAAAAGCCCUUGGGAUCUUUUCAGAGACUAAGUCCCACUUGUACAAGAUGCUUGAGUAGUGCAGCGGAAGUGUUGAGCAGUUGAACCCUUGCACUAGUACCGUAUUCCCCCGGAUAAAACACUCAUGGGUGGCACUAAAUUGUGAUGAAAAUUUUAGUGGGGGUGUAAUUAGUGGCACUUUUUGUAU